AUAGAGCCACAGUCAGUUUGGCAUAUUGGCACUGAGGACGCUGAGUCUGAACGCGAUGGACUACAAUCUCCUUACAGUAUAAUCUUUGGAACAACGUCUGCCUGUUACAAUAGGCUACAGCACUCGUCACAUCAUACCCGUUGCAUUUUUUUUUUUUUUUGCGGAACGACUUCAGAAUUUAAAAAUGCAGAAUGGGAGAGCCAGACAUCUCUGUGUUUAAAACUACCGGCUCCAAAUGGUUACUCCCAGUCAGCGAAUUUUUCGGAUUUCCUUUAGAUCAGGUCAAUUUCUUGGCGUGUCAAGUGUUUGCCCUCGGUGCCGCUUUCUGGUUUCGCCUCUACCUCGGCCCCCGACAUGCCAGCCCGCUGGUCCGCCACGCUGUGGCCACCCUCUUUGGGGUCUCUUUAGUUAUAUUCUGCUUUGGUUGGUAUUCAGCGCACAUCAUUGGUCUGGUGUUAAUAUGCUACUGCAUCAUGGUCAGAGCCUCCAUUCACAACAUCCACAGGUACUCCAUGAUCACAGCUAUGGGUUACCUUACAGUGUGCCAAGUUAGCAGAGUGUUCAUCUACAACUAUGGAAUACUAUCUACUGACUUCUCUGGGCCUCUGAUGAUAAUCACACAGAAGAUCACCAUGCUAGCGUUCCAGCUGCACGAUGGCAUGUCAAAACCACCUGGGGAUCUUACAGCAGAGCAGAGGCAUUAUGCUGUCCACUCCAAACCGUCUCUGAUAGAGUACCUCAGCUACCACCUCAACUUCCUCAGUGUCCUGGUGGGGCCCAGCAGUAACUACCAGGACUAUGCAGAGUUCAUACAGGGGACGCACAUCCAACAGAGGCUCAAACAACCAUCAGCCACCAGCAAUGGACAGAACGGCCUGGAUAAGACCCCCGAGCUAGACCCCUCUCCUCUGGCAGCUGUUGUCCACAAGGUGCUGGUGUGCUGUGUGUGCAUGCUGCUGUUUCUGACCCUCACCAAGGCCUUGCCCAUCUCUUACAACGUGGACAUCAUCUUCUUCAGCCAAGCGCCCUUCCUCACCAGGCUGGCCUAUGCAUUCUUCUCCAUCCAAGCUGCCAGACCCAAGUUCUACUUUGCAUGGACUUUAGCUGAUGCUAUCAACAACGCAGCAGGUUACGGCUUCAGAGGCGUGGAUGAGAACGGAAAGGCAUGCUGGGACCUCGUCUCCAACCUGAAUAUCUGGGGCAUCGAGACAGCAACUAGUUUCAAGACGUUUAUAGACAACUGGAAUAUUCAGACUGGUGUUUGGCUGAAGACGGUGUGCUAUGACCGGGUUCCUCGCUAUGCCACGGCACUAACCUUUGUGCUGUCGGCGUUGUGGCACGGUGUCUACCCAGGGUACUACUUCACCUUCCUGACCGCCAUCCCCAUCACCCUGGCAGCCCGUGCUGUGCGUAAAACCUACCACCAGUAUUUCCUGUCCUCAGGCGUGUUGAAACGGUUCUAUGAUGUCAUGACGUGGGCCGCCACUCAGCUGGCAAUCUGUUACACUGUGAUGCCGUUCCUGCUACUGGCAGUGGAGCCGACCGUCCUGUACUACCGGUCAAUGUACUUCCACGUCCACAUCCUCAGCAUUCUGACGGCGUUGGUGCUGCAGCCCAAGCAGAGGGGCGCCCAGCCAGCUCACUCCAACAACAACGUGAAGGGAAACUGAAGUCCUCCGUCCCCCCUCUCCACUCAGCUCUGCUCAGAGGGGGGGCCUGGCUUGGAGCGGGAGAGGCCCAUAGCACAGCUAACAAAGACGGCUCUGUGUGCCCACAACAAAGAAGAGGUGGGGGGGGUUUCUCCUCCUUGGCAAUGAUCCGCUCUCCAGUAUCACCCGCUGUUCCUACCCAUACCAGGACCACGGACUGGACUUGACCCAGUAUUAAUGAACCACAGUCUGUCACUACCUGUACUUUCUACUGUGUUUUAUUUUUAUUUUACUGUCUCACUCCUGAAAAAGACAGGCUACUCGUUUCAGGCCAGGGGUCAGGCUCUGUACUGUUCUCUCUUGAUCUGGUAACAUGUUUAGAAUGUGUGUGUUCUUCCUGUUUGUGUUUGUGUAACUCGUGACCCCAGGUGGAGCUUGUUGCAGAGCCGUCUGUAGGACGGUCGGAGUCCCAGCAGAGCUCUUAGAUGUUGUAGCUGGUCAUCACACAUCUUGGUCCGAGAACUUGAUCCAGAGUUAACCACAGUUACUUGGUUGAUAUGGGAUGAUAUGAAGUCAGUUGAUACUGUAUUGAAACUGUGUCGAUCCUGUGUAUAAGGGUGUGGUUCGGUUGGGUUGUGUUCCGCUCAGAUCGUGUGCUUGAAGACUGAACUCGGACGACACACAGGACAUUCUCUCAGGGCCGGCCCAAGCCUUUAUGGGGCCUUAAGCAAAAUUGAUUGCUUGAGCCCCUCAGCGUCGCUUAUUGUUGCCUAUAAAAAAAAAUGAAUAUAUGUAUUUUUGCUUAAUACAUUAAACUGUAAUUUCAUGUGCUCUUGGGGGCCCUCUGGUGGCCACAGGGGCCCUAAGCAGCCGCUUAGUUCGCUUAUGCCUUGGGCCGGCCCUGCAUUCUCUGACCUGUUCUCUCGGGUGAUGAGUUAUGAUAAACAUCAGACAAGCCGUAAUCCAGAUUUCCCUUUGAAAGGGCACUUUUCUUAAAGAAAGUGAUUUCUAUAAUCUUUAGUGUUGUUUUAACUACUAUCAUACCAUUUUGCAACAUUUAGCAUGUACUGUAUAUCAGCUACAUAGUUGGUUUGACAUGCCUGGUUUGGUUUUCCUCCAUGUGUAUUUGAAGAUACACAAGAUUUGAAAUGUUUUUGUGUACAUGUGUGUAGGUACAUGCAUGCCUGUGCUUAUUUUGUGUGUGUAGUGGUAUUAAUGAUUGACAUUGGUAGCUAUCAGCCAACAGUCAGGGCUUCGUUCUCCCACAAGGCGUGAGAGAACAGUCCGGUUUACGUAUUGGCGGCAGGGUGUAUUGUGGGAAGGCUCAGGUUCAGGUGAGGCACCAUUCCCUAUGAUAUCUGAAGUGUAGACAUGUGUUGAGGCAGGGCUGUACUUUUAUAUCUCAGAGUGACUUCAAAGACUGUGUUGCACUACUAAACUAAUGAUGUUUUAUGACAUUAUGGAAUAAAUCUGUCUUUGAGCUUCAAAGCCAAUGCAUUCAUCUGUCUUCCCUAAAACUCAUAAUUCAAUUCAAU